CGCAAUGCGGACAGUACGGAGAGAGAGACAGUCAACAUCGGCGGUAGCUGGUUUGACUCACGUAGCAGCAUGACACGAGUUUUGCGGUCUCGGUGAGCGCGGUGAGGAGACAAGCUGUGAAAAGCGCGAGUGAGUGUACACGUACUCGCGUGUAUCACGAGAAAGAGAGUGCGUGAGAUUGUUGGAGCGUAUGAUCGCAUGGUCGCGCGCAGCGUAACCCGCACCAGCGAGUCAAGAGUGUGCGGUAACAUACACCUUUCGAGGAGAUAAACGUUUCUACGCGCGAAGAAGUGACGUUGAUCGCUCGAGAUGGCCGGUGCGAUGUUGUUUGAGCGGGCCCAGGCCGUUUCGAUGACGAAUCGCAGCGAGGGUAUCUCGUUGCUGAACGAGAUUGUCUCGGAUCCGAGUAUCGGCGUCGCCGAUGACAACGAGGAUAACAUCCGUGUGAAGGAGCAGGGUAUUCUCCACCUAGGCGAGCUCUACAAGAAAGAGGGCAAGGCGAAGGAGCUGGCCGAGUUGAUCAAAGCAACCAGACCGUUUCUCAGUCUCAUUAGUAAAGCAAAAGCCGCCAAGCUUGUGCGAUCCUUGGUUGACUUCUUCCUGGAUCUGGAGGCUGGUAUUGGCAUCGAGGUACAAUUGUGUAAAGAAUGCAUAGAAUGGGCCAAGGAAGAACGCAGAACGUUUUUAAGGCAAUCGUUAGAAGCCCGCCUAAUAGCUCUGUAUUUCGACACGGGUAUGUUCAGCGAGGCAUUGCAAUUGGGAUCGGCUCUCCUCAAAGAACUCAAAAAAUUGGAUGACAAACAACUACUAGUAGAGGUUCAAUUAUUAGAGAGCAAGACAUAUCACGCAUUGAGUAAUUUAGCGAAAGCAAGAGCAGCGCUUACCAGCGCUAGAACAACUGCCAAUGCAAUUUACUGUCCACCUAAAAUGCAAGCUGCUCUGGAUCUACAAUCGGGGAUAUUACAUGCCGCGGAUGAACGAGACUUCAAGACUGCUUACUCCUACUUUUACGAAGCUUUCGAAGGGUAUGACAGUGUUGAAAGUCCCAAGGCAUUGACAGCGCUCAAAUAUAUGCUACUGUCAAAAAUCAUGUUGCGCACACCAGAAGACGUUCAAGCUAUCAUGUCUGGCAAACUGGCAGUGAAAUAUGCGGGACUCGAUCUAGACGCGAUGCGUGCGGUAGCCGAAGCUAGUCACCGACGAUCGCUAGCGGACUUUCAAAAGGCUGUUAAGCAAUAUCGACAGGAAUUGGAAGACGAUGUAAUUGUACGCGCACAUCUUGGUUCCCUUUAUGACGCUAUGCUGGAGCAAAAUUUAUGUCGUUUGGUCGAACCUUACUCGCGAGUCCAGGUGAGUCAUAUUGCUUCGUGCAUAUCUCUGCCAUUGGCGCAAGUAGAAAAGAAAUUAUCGCAGAUGAUUUUGGACAAAAAGUUGCGAGGAGUUCUCGACCAAGGAGAAGGCGUUUUAAUCGUUUUCGAAGAUACCCCACGCGAUAAGACCUACGAAAUCGCAUUAGACACAAUACACAGCAUGGGAAAAGUCGUCGAUACACUUUACCAGAAAGCCAAGAAACUCACCUAGCCCUAUUUAAUAUGUAUUUAUACAAAAAAAUCUAUCGCAAUUAUUGUAAUCAUUAAUGAUUAGUUACUCAUUAAAUAUUGUCGAUUAAUUGUAUUUUUCUCGUAAUUAACGUGGUUGGCACACAAGUGUCGGGAGAACAAAAAGUGCUCAUUUAUCGGUAUGUUCGUAUAGGACUGCUUUUAUUAAUUGUAGGAAUUAUUUAAAAGAUAUGAAAUAAUCGAUUUGCUUGAGAUCUAAUCAACACAAAUCCUCUUAAUCCCGCGUCUUUGAAAUUAUUUUUCGUAAAUAAAAGAGAGAAAUAUUAUAAUACCGAAAAACAACAAAUACAAAACAAGAGU